AUGCCGGCAGUUAAAGGGGAUGGAAUGCGUGGUCUUGCAGUUUUUAUCUCCGAUAUUCGUAACUGCAAGAGCAAAGAAGCUGAACUGAAAAGGAUAAACAGGGAGCUAGCGAAUAUCAGAAGCAAAUUUAAAGGUGAUAAGAUGAUUGAUGGAUACCAGAAAAAGAAAUAUGUUUGUAAACUGCUGUUCAUAUUUUUGCUCGGAAAUGACAUUGAUUUUGGUCAUAUGGAGGCUGUAAAUUUACUAACUUCAAAUAAGUACACGGAAAAGCAAAUUGGUUAUCUUUUCAUUUCGGUGUUGAUAAAUAAUAACUCCAGCUUGAUCAAGUUGAUAAUCCAGUCUAUCAAAAAUGAUCUUCAAUCGCGCAACCCAGUUCAUAUCAAUCUUGCGCUUCAAUGUAUUGCUAAUAUUGGAAGCCGUGAGAUGGCUGAUGCUUUUGCUCAAGAUCUUCCAAAACUGCUUGUAUCGGGUGAUACAAUCGACUUUGUCAAGCAGAGUGCAGCUCUGUGUUUGCUAAAACUGUUUCGGACAUGUCCAGAACUUGUACCUCCACACGAAUACGCGUCCCGCAUCGUCCACUUGUUAAACGACCAACAUUUGGGAGUAGUCACUUCUGCCGCGUCUUUAAUUGAUGCUCUAUCAAAAAAGUGGCCUGAAGAGUAUAAGGGAUGUAUUUCUUUAGCUAUAUCAAGACUUAGCAGGAUCGUGACUUCUGGCUACACAGACCUUCAGGAUUACACAUACUAUUUUGUUCCUGCUCCUUGGCUGUGCGUCAAAUUAUUAAGAUUGUUACAGAAUUAUCCUCCGCCAGAGGAUCCAAGUAACAGGUCACGACUAAUGGAAUGUCUAGAGGGUAUACUGAACAAAGCAAUGGAUGCUCCAAAGUCCAAAAAAGUUCAGCAUUCGAACGCUAAAAAUGCUGUUCUUUUUGAGUCUAUUGCGCUAGUGAUUCACAUGGACAAUGAGCCGAGCUUACUGGUUCGCGCUUGUAACCAGUUAGGAACAUUCCUUUCUCAUCGUGAGACUAAUCUUAGAUAUUUAGCGUUGGAAUCGAUGUGCUUAUUGGCAACUUCAGAAUUUUCACAUGAAGCAGUAAAGCGACACCAAGAAACUAUAAUUAGCAGUUUAAAAACUGAGAGAGAUGUCUCUGUAAGACAACGGGCUGUUGAUCUACUUUACGCAAUGUGCGACAGAAUGAAUGCAUCUGAAAUCGUUCAAGAAAUGUUGUCCUAUUUGGAAACCGCUGACUACUCUAUAAGAGAAGAAAUGGUCUUGAAAGUCGCUAUAUUAGCUGAAAAAUACGCCACUGAUUACACGUGGUAUGUUGAUGUGAUUCUUAAGUUAAUUCGCAUUGCUGGUGACUAUGUUUCUGAGGAAGUAUGGUAUCGAGUGAUACAAAUUGUGGUAAAUCGAGAAGACGUUCAGGGUUACGCUGCUAAAACAGUUUUUGAAGCCUUACAGCUGCCAGCUUGUCACGAAAACAUGGUGAAGGUGGGUGGUUACAUUUUAGGGGAAUUCGGUAAUCUCAUUGCUGGCGAUCCACGAUCGUCCCCCCAAGUUCAAUUUGAACUUCUGCAUAGCAAAUACCACUUAUGCUCAAUUGCUACCAGGUGUCUUUUGUUAUCAACAUACGUCAAAUUUUGCAAUCUUUUUCCUGAAAUUAAAGGAGCAAUUCAAGAAGUUUUUCGUACGGACCACAAUUUGAGAAAUCCGGACGCUGAAUUGCAGCAGCGCUCUGUAGAAUACUUCCAAUUAUCACGAAUUGCUACAGUUGACGUUCUUGCUACGAUUUUGGAAGAGAUGCCUCCUUUCCCAGAGAAGGAAAGUUCACUCUUAGCAAAACUGAAGAAAUCUAAGCCUCACGUUGAAGAAUUGGAAAACCAGACUGCUGAGAAGAAGCAGCGACCACAAGCAAUUAUGAACCAGGACGGGGUAUUGUAUGACGAUCAUAAAACAGCGCAAUUGGUUGACACAGGUGGAGAGUCCGAUGCGAAUGCUCUUGUUGAUAUAUUUGGCGUUCCAGCAAACUCAACACCAGCACUAAGCAAUGGUGUUUCAACUACUGCUACAAUAAAUGGCAGUUUAAACAUUGACAACUACCCAGACGUGCUCAAGUUUCUGACCAAAAGCAAUGGUGUCUUGUACGAAGACUCUGUAAUUCAAAUAGGUUAUAAACUAGAAACUCGAGCGAAUUUGGGACGUUUGGGUAUGUUUUAUGGGAAUAAGACAAGUGCUGCGUUCACUAAUUUUUACUCGUCAGUAUCAUUUCCAGACAAUUUAACGUCUCAGCUUAUUGCACAGUGUAAGCCUGUAGAUAGCACUAUUCUUGGCGGUUCACAGGUUCAGCAACUUAUAAACUUUGUAUGUGAGAGCGAGUUCACAAAUAACCCUUUGCUGCAUCUCUCAUUCAUUUAUGUAGACCAACUCGGAAGCUCGCAGAACUUCCAGAGAGUAUUUGCUUUACCCAUUUUUGUGAGUAAGUUCUUCGAGCCCACUGACAUGACAUCUGAACAGUUCUUUGCUCGGUGGAAACAACUGGCUCACCCUGCUCAAGAAAGCCAGAAGAUAUUCCAGGCAAAGGUGGCUAUUGACAAUGAACAGAUUAAAACUAAGCUCGUUGGCUUGGGAGCAAAAUUGCUUGUCGGAGUUGAUCCGAACCCAGAAAACUUUGUUUGCGCGGGUAUUAUCAACACGAAGACAUUGCAGAUCGGUACGCUUAUUCGAUUAGAACCGAAUAAAGCGGCAAAGAUGUACCGAUUAACGGUCAGGAGUUCUCGAGAUACUAUUGCAAAGUAUUUGUGUGAAGUCCUAUCGGAGCAGUUCUAA